CAGUUGCACUACCAUAAACACCAUGGCCUCCAAUCAGUGCCAACUACUUUUGGCUCCCUCCCUCUAAAAUCCUCUCUCCUCUGUAAUCUCCUUAGUCUGGGUUUCUCUUCCAACGAGGAGGCUGGAACCUGGAGCUGGCCAAUUUAUAUUCAUUCUUCAUGCUUGCUUGAUUGCUGGUUUCCUUUUCUUCUUCUUCUUCUUCUUCUUCUUCAUUCCUUGGUUGCUCGAGACUCAAGGGAAAGGAAGGAAGAGAUGACCCCCCCACUUUUUCUGUUUGGGUUCUUCUGAUUCCCUCUCUGUUCUUAGUUCUCACAGUUAUCUCAAGUUGGGUUGAUGCGUAUUCGGCUUUCUGGGUUGGCCUUGCGCUCUUGACAUCUAGACUUGUUUCGGUAGUAUUUCUUUUUUUUCUUGGUUUGGUGAGAGGAUUAUAUUGGAGUUGCCGAGAGAAGUAUAAAAAGCUCUGUCUUAAGUUUGUUGUCUUCAAUUUUCUUGAGCCUCUGUAAUUCACUUUUCAAAAUAUCUUUCCUUUUAUUUGACUCUUUCGGAUCUGAUAGGUGAGCUUAGGGUUUAUGUAUGACCAGCAAGAUCUGUCCUUUUCUUUUCCAAAUAUAAUUUUCUUUGAGAGCUUCUCGUGGAUUUCAGAAAGUGGGUCUUUUCUAGAUUCUUCGGGUUAUGCUUGUAUAAAAAGGUAUUCGGAUUCCCUGCAAAUGCUUAUCGAUUUAACGCCUGUUUUCUCUUCAUGAAACCUCCACCUCUGCAUUUCCUCUCUGGGUUAUCCGUCCUUUGCUCGGUAUUUCUUCUGUUCCAUCGAAAUUGAAAUCCCGAACCUAUUCUUCAGAAUCGCGUCUUCAAACCGUCUCAAACUCGGGGAUUUUUCUAUAUUUGAGAGGAAGAGGAGAAGGGAGAGAGAGUGGCCCGCGAAUUGUAAGAUUUUUUUUUUUUUUUUCAUUUUUAUCAAACUGGUAUGACCUGUAAUUCUGCUCUGUAAUUCGAAAUGAUGAGAUUUGGAAUGGAGGUUCUCUCUCCGGCAAACUAUCAUUUUACCAACUCGAAUUGGUUUGUUCAAGAGAGCAAGAGCUCUGGAUGGACCCAUGAAGAGAACAAAAUGUUCGAGAAUGCUCUUGCGGUGUUUGAUAAGGACACUCCUGAUAGAUGGUAUAAGGUAGCGUCGAUGAUUCCAGGCAAGACUGUGGAGGACGUGGUGAAGCAGUACAAGGAAUUGGUAGCCGAUGUUGGCCAUAUAGAAGCAGGGAGAAUUCCGAUUCCUGGGUAUCGUACCUCCCCCUUCACGCUAGAGUGGGUUAACAAUCGUGGGUUCGAUGGGUUGAAGCAAUCCUUUGUCUCCGGUGGAAGGAGAGGUGGAGGUGCCUCAGGUCGGCCAUCUGAUCAGGAAAGGAAGAAAGGGGUCCCCUGGACAGAAGAAGAGCACAAGUUGUUUCUGUUGGGUCUUAAGAAGUAUGGUAAGGGGGACUGGAGAAAUAUCUCGCGGAAUUUUGUAGUCACUAGAACACCAACACAGGUGGCUAGCCAUGCUCAGAAAUACUUCAUCAGGCAACAACUUUCGGGAGGGAAAGAUAAGAGAAGAUCCAGCAUCCAUGAUAUCACUACUGUCAAUCUCACAGACAUUAGAUCUCCUUCACCAGACAAUAAUAGAGUUCCUUCACCAGAUCAUUCUGCAGUGCUUCCCCAGCAGCCAAAACCCAAAGUACAGUUUGAUUGGAGCCAGCCUAACCAUGGAGGACAUGACAUUUUUUUCAAUCAGACAAAUGGUAACAUGUUCGUGUCACCUCCUUAUGGGGUAACUUCUUAUGGGCAAAAAAUGCAUGGAUUAAAUCAGCAACAAGAAGCUUUUUGUGGAUCUCAAAUCAGACCUCAGCAUAUAGCAUUUCAGAUGCAAUAAUCACUACAUGACCACCGUGGAUAGCAUGGGCAUCUUAAUGGUUUGAAUUGCCUAAACUUUUCUGUUUGCUGAGGGUGCUCUCUCUAUCCAUGCUUUGUCAUGGCGUUUAUGUGAAUAUGUUGACGGAGACUUUGAGGUAGUUCAUGGUAUUGGAAUUCUAAGAGAUAAGAUCAUAUAUUUUUCUUUUAGAGUUUCAAAUUCUGAACUUCAAAACUGAAAUGGAAGGUUCUCAAGCUUUUGUUCCUCUAUAUCAAAUAUUUAAUGCAAAAUCUGAGGUUUCUUCCUUGGAUCAGAUAUUCUAGCAUGUGCAUGAAGGAAAGCAUAAGAAUAUGGUGACGCAUUUACAACCAUGCCUGAUUAUUUUGUAAGAAUGAGAUUUCAGGGAAUGGCCUCCAAGCAGAAGAUUUGAUUAGAUAACCAACCGUCCACUAAUCCAGUUAUACGGUCCCUCGUGGGAUGGUUUGCUCAAGAAGAUUUACACACGCAGAUCUGCAGCAGCAAGCCAAUACGCAGUUGAGUUACACUGAAGAACGAAAUGCUGGAAUCAUUGAGAUUAACCUCUUAGGGUUACCUAGUAAAGGUUUCAGAUGCUUCAGGGAAGAUAUAUUUAGAGUUGUUGAUAGGUAGACAGACUAGAAAUUCGAUGGCCUUAUGUUGAGCUGUUAAUAUUAUUAGUUCUAAAAAUAUCAUUGUUAAUAUAUUUGAUUCCAAAGUAGCAUCAAUCCUUAGCAGAUAUUUGUACCACUUGUCUACGUUCCUUUAUGAAAUCUAUUUUUUUUUUU